AUUGUCUUCAAUUCGAUACAUUUUACUCGAAAUCUGCGCAUUAUACUCUCCAAAACUGCCCUCCGUCCACCCUUGAUCCACCUGCGGCUGGGUUCAGCAGCCAAUCUCAGUAUCGCAAAUUCUGACGGAUUUGGAAAACUUCCCAAUUUCUCGGGAAGGUUCAAGGAUGACAUCAUCAUUCUGCCGCGAUCCAAAAUGAAGUUCGUACUUAAUUGUGAGUGAGUAAAAGCUUUAAAUCGAUCUCAAGGUGUUCGUUGCGACCAUGCUAGCUCUGAAUAUCUCUACUGAAAGGAACUACCUCUGAAGGAAAUGAAAAGAUGGACUCACAGCUUUCAACGACUUCUACAAGUGCUAUGCCGGUGGAUCAGCAGUUUGACAGUGGCGUCCGUGUCCUAAGCGAUGGACGGUUGGAUAUUGAACUUAAUGAGCACAGGCCCUUCUUCCGGAAGUUGAUCCAACAUCUUGAGAGAAGCCCGAAACCUGUUCAUACGAACCUUGAACCUUCCACAGUUCAAAAAGAAGAAAAGGAGCCGUUUCCGCUUCGGUUGAAUAUCGUCAUCCAGGUCGUUGGUUCACGAGGUGACAUUCAACCAUUCAUUGCACUAGGAAAAGAGCUUCAAAGAAACAGCCAUAGGAUUCGUCUCGCCACACAUCUCAAAUUUCGAAAUGAAAUAAGAGAAAGUGGAUUAGAAUUCUUUGAUAUUGGUGGCGAUCCGGAGCAGUUAAUGGCCUUCAUGGUUCAGAACCCUGGCCUCAUGCCGGGUGUGAACGCAAUCAAAAGUGGUGCGAUUCGGCAACGGCGCCGGGAAAUGAGAUCCAUUUUCUCCGGCUGUUGGCGGUCCUGUUUUGAAACGGGUGAUGGAACCGGCCUACGCCAAAUGCCUGACAACAUAGGAAUCGAUGCAACUGAGAACCAUGAGCGGCCAUUUGUGGCCGACGUCAUUAUUGCAAAUCCACCAAGUUUUGCACACAUCAGCUGUGCUGAGAAGUUGGGCAUCCCUCUUCAUAUGAUGUUCACGAUGCCAUGGUCACCAACGCGUUCCUUCCCACACCCUCUAGCUAGCGUUCGAUCGAGGGGUGUGAAGGCAUCUGUAGCAAAUUUUGCUUCCUAUGCCUUGGUGGAAGUCAUGAUUUGGGAUGGGCUUGGUGAUUUGAUCAACAAUUUUCGCAAGAACGACCUAGCUCUAGAUCCGUUGGAUUUGAUUCAGGGGCCCGGUCUCGCCAACAAUCUAAAGAUCCCGUACACCUACCUUUGGUCGCCCGCUCUCUUACCGAAGCCAGAGGACUGGUCUCAUAAUAUCGACAUUUGCGGUUUUCAAUUCUUGACCUCAGAAACGGAUUAUCAGGCACCACAUGCCCUGCAGGAGUUUCUCGAUGGAGGCGAACCUCCAAUUUAUAUUGGGUUUGGGUCAAUAGUUGUCAAGGAUCCACUGAAUCUAACACUAAUGAUCUUCGAAGCUGUCCAGCAGACAGGCCAGCGAGCAAUUAUCAGUAAGGGAUGGUCAAAUAUAGGUGUGGGCAUGCCUGAGGCUCGUAGUGAUAUUUUCCUUCUGGACAAUUGCCCGCAUGAAUGGCUCUUUCCACGUGUUUCGUGCGUGGUACACCAUGGAGGUGCUGGAACCACUGCCGCCGGCUUGCUUGCUAGCCGCCCUACAGUGGUUAUACCAUUUUUUGGAGAUCAGCCAUUUUGGGGUUCGAUAAUCGCACAAGCAGGUGCAGGUCCACCGCCGGUGCCAUACAAAAAGCUUACGGCGACAAAUUUGGCUUCUGCCAUAAGUACGGCUCUGGAACCUCUGGCCAAAACCAAUGCUGAGAACAUAGGUAAGAAAAUGAGAAUGGAAAAUGGUGUCCAAGACGCGGUCAAGAGCUUUCAUCACCAUCUUAACAUUGAAAAAUCUCGUUGCUCUAUUUGUCCACACAAGCCUGCAGUAUGGUGGCACAGACGUUCAAGGAUCAAGCUGAGUGCGUUUGCGGCGUCAGUAUUGGUACAUACGGGACAUGUUGACCCGCAUGAUUUGGUUAUGUAUCGGCCACUUGAGUAUGAUACCGGACGAGAUCCUCGCGGGCCUCUCUCUGCAGGUGCAGAGGUUAUUUACGGUUUGGUCACUGACAUAGUUGUCGGGCUGGUGCGUGUUCCAAUAGAUAUAUCGUGCUACAUAUCUGGGAAACAGCCGGUGGAAAAAUUAAAGAAUAGAACACUACACGAUUGGGCCCUAACGCAUUUUUUGGACACUUCGUCCAAGAAAGCCGAAAAUACCACCUCGGAAAGUUCAGAGGAUGAAAGAGGGGAUGAUUUGCCCGUUGAAGAGCAUCCGGAAAGUGGAAACAAUUACUGUCCUUGUUAUACAACCGGAAACAUUCCAGUUACAGGUUCUGAAAACAUGGACAACAGCACGGAGGUUAUCUAUCACUCGCCUGAUCGAGAAAAGCAAUUGAGGAUGGCCAGAACCAAGCAAGUCUUCACUGACACAGGCCAUUAUACCGGAAGGAUUGCAAAGCAGUUCCUUGAUCUUGUUCUUCGUCUUCCGACCGACUUUGCCCUCAGUUUAACCAAGGGGUUUCAUAACGCACCUAAAUUAUACAAUGAUUCGACAGUCAAGGAAUUUCCCGUCGUCAGAAGCAUCAAAAGCGGAAUUCGCGCUGCCGCUACGGAAUUCACCCAAGAGUUCUAUGACGGCAUUACUGGCCUUAUCGUGCAACCCAUUGAUGCCGUCAAAGAAUAUGGGGGUAAGGGCUUGAUACCAGGAACUGGAAAAGGACUAGGUGGAGCAUUCUUGAAGCCAAUGACUGGUAUCGUCGGCAUAGCAGGCCUUCCUCUUGACGGACUACACAAGACUCUUAGGGAUUCUAUAUCCAAGAGUAAAUUAAAAGAUAUUAUUCAAUCACGGAUCGUGCAGGGUAUUGAGGAAAUGAGCGAUGCGUCAAUUGAAGAGCGGCAAAAAAUCAUUCAACAGUGGGAUGAAAUGCGCCGGUAGGGUUUCCAACUAGUAGAAGAACUGGAUUAUGUCGAGAAAUCCCAGGUUGUAGUAAUUCUAUGGACCUUUCAUGUUCUAAGAGUUUUUUGGUCUCUCUUGGAAUCAUGACAUAACCUAUACAUUGAUUAUGGUCAAACCAAAACUAGACUAUAUAAGCAAAUGGCUUAGAUCUUGGAUUAUGAUGUAUUCACAUGCUUAAUUUCAACUUGAGGCUCACCUCAACUUUCGAUGCU